CAGUAUAUACACAGAUUUAAAGGUGUACUCAAUUACUCAAUCGACGCACCUUUUCUAUAUAUAAGGGUAAUAUAGGAUGCAAUUGGACAGUUGCACAACAAGAAACGGUAGAAACCAAAUGUUUUAUCAAUAUCCGAAUUGGUUCCCAAUUUUGUUCGCGUGCUAAAAAAAGUUACGGACACAAACUAUACGUACAAAUAUAAGUGUCCGUCUGUGAAUAUAAUACAGACGAAGGAACUGUCGACAACUACAGAAACAAUUUUUCGACAUCAGGAUACAAGCCGGCCGGUUAUACGGUUUUAACCGUGUUUCUUAUGAACCAUGGCAGCAAGAGGUACCGAAUCAGUAACCAAUUCUUUUUGCGGGAAAAAGCGGCGUUCUAUGGAGAAGUUUUUGACGGAAUUCGACUUGCUGAAAGAAGAAACCGGUUUAAAUUAUACGAAUUUUCAUUCGAUUUGCGCGGCACUUUUCCAGCCGCAUGAACUCGAAAAGGAAGAACGGAGACUUGAAGACAUCUUCAAUUUAUUCGAUGGCGAUAACGAUGGUAUUUUGAAAGGACAGGAAUGGAAAAUAUUCAUCCAUUGGUUGCGAGUAAUUUUUGAACCAAUAACUGCACUCCUCGUCGUGGAUGUGCAAAAUGAUUUUAUCGACGGAUCCUUAGCUCUCCGUCGAUGUGGAUGUAAUCAGGACGGAGUUGAUGUGGUUGAACCGAUAAAUCGUUUAAUAAGAAAAGGGCAUUUUGAUAAUAUUAUUUAUUCUUUGGACUGGCACCCAGAAAAUCAUAUUAGCUUUCAUGAAAAUUUACAUUUACGUGAAUUGCAUCUAGAUUCAAAGGUGACAAAAGAAAAUGCGAAGCCGUUGAGUACCGUAAUUUUCGCGGAACCUUAUAUGGAACAAAUACUUUGGCCCAAGCACUGCGUCAUGAAUACAUGGGGGGCCCAGUUGCACAAAGACCUGGUGAUUGUGCCACAUUCAGAGCAGGUACGCAAAGGUCAACAUCCGGAGUUGGAAGCUUACUCGGUGUUUUUCGAUAAUAAUUCGAAAAACUCCGUGGAAUUGCAAACAAUUCUGCGUAAAUCAGGCGUCACACAUGUAUUUGUAUGCGGUUUAGCUUACGACGUUUGCGUAAAAGCGACCUGUUUAGAUGGACUUCGAUUAGGAUACGCGUUAGCGGUGAUUGAUGACUGUUGCCGCGGCGUCGAUACGAAUAACAUCGAGACUACAAAAGAGCUAAUUAUUGAGAAUGGAGGUCUGAUCACCGACAGUAACACCGUGCUGUCGUUGGUGAACGAGGGAAAACGGAGUCUUAUCAUGAGCCAUCAAUCUGCAAAGGCAAUGACCUCGAUUCUGUCCUCCGGAACACCCGCGAAUGAUUCUGAAACAAUAGAUUAUAUAUAAUAGAAUAUAACAUUCUAUGUUAUAGGAGAGUAGAAACAGAUUAUUAUUCCAUAGUUUAUUUAAAAAAGAACUUUCCGUUUCUUACAGAUCGCUUCAAUGUCUUCGCGAGACUCUUAUCGCUUAGUAACGAUUUUAUGAGAAUCUUAUCUCGUAUAGUACCUGCAACUAGGAUAUCUUAAAUCAGGGAUAAUGGUACCUUGAUGUUUCAAAAACAUGUAUAGUUUUAUGGCCAUUGAAUAUCCAUAUCAAGUACAGUGGUACCUCAGUAUACGUCCUGUUUGGACGUGACAAAUUUUGCUCGGUAUACGACAUAAAUUUUUUCUGUGAAUUUUGCUUCAUUUUUAAAUAAUUAUCUCAGAGGAAAAACUAAAUUAAUAAUCAAUUAUAUUCGAAGUUGAUGUAUCAUUAACUGACUGAUCAUACAAGUAAGGAUAUCAUAUAACAAACUAUAACCGCGAAACAGGAGGCAAUAAAAUUUAUUCCAUUUGGUUUAUUAAUUUAGAAUCUACCAUUAGGUUACAUUUAUAUUUUACAAAUUAAUUAUGUUAAAUAAACUAGUGAAUAUUUUUUAUAAACUUUAUAACAUAAACAGUGUUUAAAUUAUUUUACAACCCCAUUAAUGUAGGUACAAUAUCAAUAGGAGUCUUUUUUACACAGGAACGGAUUAAUCAUUUUUACAUUACUUCUUAUGGGAAAGGUUGGUUUGGUAUACGUCCUAUUCGGUAUAAGUCCAAACAUCUGGAACGGAUUAAAGUCGUAUACCGAGGUACCACUGUAUAAGCAUUAUAUUUUAAUACAACAUAUUUUAACCCACAUCACGACAGUAUUCAGGAAAAUGAAAGUGAUAUUGGUAUUUAACAUAGAAAUAGUUUUAUUUAUGCGUAAUAUUAAGUUAUCUUAAAAUUAUCUGCAAGAAGUUUCAGUAGCCUGUAAGAAAUCUUCUUGUAAAAAAAGAAUAAAUAUGUUUAUAUUUAUAUAAUAAAUAUAAAUAUGAUUAUACAGUAA